GUGCUUACUAAUCCACAGUUUCCAACCUCUAUUCCGACACAGGUCCUCUAGGGUAAUCAUUUCUUGACAGCUCUUGUCAGUCACAGCAAGAUGGACUCUACUUUGCGAAAUCUCUCCAUGCCAGGCUUGGCACAUUCGCACGUCCAAGUGCGGACCUGCAUCCACUGUCGCCAACGUAGAGUCAAGUGCGACCGUCAGUUCCCCCAAUGCUCUAAUUGUAUAAGGUCCGAAGUCAAUUGCAUCUAUCCUCCCGGUCGAGGCAGGGCACCCAAGAGGCCAAAACGUAGCCUUGCGCCUCAAUUAUCAGAACGUUUAUCCCGCCUUGAGAACAUCAUGGGACAGUUCGGCGCAGCCGCCAGAGAGAAUAACGAUCAGGCCCCACCAACUGCGCAAGACAUUGAAGGUCAUUCAUUUGAGCAAGACUUUAGUCGUCUCAAAGUUAGUGAGUCAAAGAGUUAUUAUGUGAACAACGCAUUAUGGGUCACUCUCUCAAAUGAGGUUGAAGACCUGCGUGAUCUUCUUUUUGAGCCUGCUAGUGAAGAUGCUGGCUACGAGCCUUCCAUCUCUUCAUCCGCCACCACCACCGCCACUUCACCGUCAUCUCCUCAGCUGGGACUGAAUGCUGCCAUUUUUGGCUAUCGCGCCAUUGCUUCACCUCUGUACCAUUACCAUCCCUCACUACAACAAGCUGUAACCCUCUUUGCCGCAUUCAGUGAGAAUGUCGCGCCGCUGGUCCGUAUAUUUCACAUGCCGACCUUGACAAGAAUCUACUGGGAUGCCAUCGCUUCUCUGAGCACAGUCGACAAGCAUACCGAGACCCUGUUAUUCACUAUUCAUUAUUCGGCUGUCAUCAGUCUUAACCUGGAGCAAUGUCUGAAUAUUCUGGACGAGACUCGUGAAGCUGCCCUGGAAAGAUAUCGGUUUGCGGUGGAACAGGCUCUCGCUCAAGGCAACCUCCUCAGUACUCAGAGUAUGACCAUGCUGCAAGCUGCAGUGCUUUUCUUGUCUGCUCUACCAAAUGAAGACGACUCACGUGCUGCAUGGGCACUCACAUCUCUGGUCUUCCAUAUCGCAAGGACCAUGGGUCUCCAUCGCGAUGGCACCAUAUUCGGGCUAAAGCCUUUCGAGACCGAACUGCGCCGCCGUUUAUGGUGGCAGAUUUGCAUCAUCGAUAGCCGCUCGUCAGAAUAUCACUGCAAUGAACCUAUUGCCCAAGGUUUUGUGACAGAUACCAAGCCCCCGUUGCACAUUAAUGAUGUUGACUUGUCACCUGAGAUGGUGGAGCCUCCAUCUGAAAGAUGGGACCAUGCGACUGACAUGACGCUCACGUUGGUCAGGUGUGAGGCUAUACAGACAGGUCUGAAGCUGGGUCGCAUGAGACACAAGCAGAGCAAAGCAUCAGAAGAUGGAGGUACCCCAAGGGUAGAUGAUGCCUCUGAUUCUCCCAAGUCUCUGAUCCAGGAAUUGGAAACUCGGUUACGGGACAAAUAUCUACCUAUCUGUGAUACUUCCGUACCAUUUCAACUUCUUUCUUCAGCAGUGGCACAGAUCAUCCUUGGACGAUUCUGGCUUAUUACUCAGUACUCAGUAGUGUCACGAGAAAAGGACGUCGAUGGCAGAAACAAGAGCAACCAAUUCCCUCCCACUCCCAACACCGCAGGCCAGCUGGAGAACAAAGUGCGCGAUGAGCUCUUCCAAACUUCAAUCAAGAUACUAGAAGUGUCAGGAAUGCUUCUCACGAGCAAAGAGAUAAUACAAUUCACAUGGUACUCAAAAACUCACAUCCAAUGGGGUGCCAUGGCAUUUGUUCUCUCUGAGCUAUGCGCUCGACUUCAAUCAGCACAAUGUGAUCAGGCAUGGGACUGCGUAACGGCAGUAUACGAGGGAUGGAGAGUCGAUGAGAGCAGACAAGAUGAAACUCGCCUUGCCUUGUGGCGUCCUAUAAAAAGGCUCAUGGCUAAAGCUCGCUAUGUUAAAGAAAUACAGCAGACUACUCCUGGGCAGUCGUCAAACGCUGGUCGUAGAGUUCAGAGAAGAGAUCCGGUUCUGUACUCUCCUUCACCGGGACUUUUCUCGCAGUAUCCAACACCAGCAUACUCUAACAAUUGGUAUGGACAGCUGCAGCAGACACCGCCUUCUACAUCAGCUUCAGAAGUAUCAUUGCCUGGCAUGGCAGCAGUGCCACUUGACAGCAGUGGCCAGUCAGAUGCCCUACAGAGAGUAAUUGGCACGGAAACUCUAGGUCUUUUCAUGGAUAUGAUUCCGGAAUGGCCCUGGGUUGAUGCUGAACAUGGAGCUUCAUCUCUGGCGGGGUUUGAUCUUGGGCGACCAAGAUUUAAUUAAUUAAAUCAUCUAGCAAUUACAUCUUACAGCUUCGAUUUCAUUACACCACCAACAAGAAAUCCUCUCAUAGA